CCCAUCACUCUCGGAAUCUCUAUGUUUACCACUAACCCUCACCCCACAAAAUAUAGCUAAACUAGUUAACAAACUCAGACCCACUAAACACAAGAGUCUGCAAGCUAAUCACUUAACUACUUGGACUUAGCUCGUGCUUGCUCACGUGACUCACUUAUCUAACAAUGGAUACACCAAUCCAAUCCAAUUGCCACCUCUAACUCUAAAUAUAUGGGCCACAAUCCCAUCUAUUGGCAUCCCUAACAUGGUAGACCCACAACAUGCAAACUUUAGGCUGCAAUCUUCAUGUACAUUAUUUUAGUAGACCCACUUAGCAUGUAAGUUUUGUACCAUAAAAAGAAGGAACAACUCUUUCUCAGCUCUCGUCCUUACUAGUACUACAAAGGGAAAACUAACAACCUUUCUUCAUCAUGCAUCAAUUAUUUAUUCCUAUUUAUUGCAAAGGCCAAACCCAAAACUAGUCAUCAACUCAUUAAUCAGGUCAUCAUCGGUAUCUUUUAUUAUUAUAGUCCAGACGGUAAUUCUUAAGAAUAUACUAACUCUCAUACCUCAAAAAAUCAGACCGUAGCAAAUAAUGAAUAUAGCGUAGCUGAGCCUCACAAAAACAAAAAUAAUUAUAUCUCCUUUACCAUUUUCUAUUUUUCCCGUAAACCCUCACAAAAACAAAAUAAAAAAGGAGGGGAGAAGGAGAAACCGAAAACCAAAAGGAAAUUGGAGAAAAACGCCUCCAUAUCCCAUUCGAAAAAAGCAAACAACUUUCCCCGUUCACUGAUUCUUCUUUUUAACUCGAGCGGGGGACCUCUGCCCUUCUCUCUACACUAUUUUGGCUGUAUUCACUAUUCAGGAGAGCCCACUGUCCACUUCACUUAACCGGUCAGCUUCUGUUUCUUCCCCCUUUCUCUCUUUUCCUGCUAUUUUGCUGGUGAUGGGUUUCAGGUUGCUCGAGGGUUUUGGGUUUAGUUUGUUCGAUGAUCAGCUUCGAAUAGUCCUUCUGUGUUGAGGGAGUGAUCAUGGGAUUUCGGAAUUCCGCUUUCUGUAAGCUUUGCUUUGUUUUGGGACAUUAUUCUCUUUUUUGUGAUUGUUCGUGGUGGGGUAUUCUCUUAGUUAUCGGUAAUUUAUAUGUUACAGUGAUGGUGUGUUUCCAUGAUCGUCUUAGAUGUAAUUUGUAGCUCACUCCCCUGUUCAUUAAAGGUUUGAAAGUUGCCGAAUUUAGUUGUGUUUUUGUGGGUCGUCAAUGGCGAUCAUCGUGUUUCUGUACUCCCCCGAGGCCCCGGUUGUUGGGUUUUGCUUCCGCGGAAUUUCGUUGUUCUGGGAUUUUCUGAAUCGCUUAGGUUUAGCUUUCUCCUUGAGGGUUUUAGACCCCCUACGGUGGGUAAGUCCCUCUGACUUUCCUGGUUGAUCUAUUUCUUUGCUCUCUUCUUCUGGUGCUAUGGAAGAAUCAGAGAUAAGAAAUUCAUGGCUUUUUGGGGUUUUCCUCCAUGAAAAACUUGUUUGAUCUCUUGAAUGGCUAAAGAAUGUGUAUUACUUGCGAAUCCCUCUUUCAGACAGAUAUAUUUGUUCUUACGGUGGAACCUCUUUUGCAUGUUAAACAGUAGUUUGUGAACCAACGAAUUUCCCCUUUUCCUCUGAGAAUGCCCUGUAAGAACAGAUAGCUCGUCAUCUACUCGUCUCAGUAUGUGAUUAUUGGGCCCUUGUAUUUCACUUUGGCCUAGUUCUAUUGUUGCUUGUUUCAACAAGAUGGAUGAGAGUCUGACUGAUGUAAGCGUUUACCACUGUACUUGCCAGCAGCCUUCUGGGCUUCUUUCUUGCUUUCUUUAUGCUGUGUGGAAGAAUCAAUUGUCACCAAACCAGAUCUCUUUUGGCAUAGCUGGGAUUUGAUACUGAGCCAUCUUUCUUGAUGAUACCCUUAGUCUUUAUAUGUAUUGAUCUGGUGAUCUUAUUCUGUAUAUUGAAGCAGGUUGAAAAGUUUGGUUUUUCGUUUGUGAUCCACCAUAGGCUCAAACCUGAGAGUAGUUAGAGUAGUAUUUGCCUUGUUGAAGGGCCACCUUCUUCAUAUUUGUCGUCUGUAACAUGUUUUUUUCUUUCUGCAACUUUCCUUGGCGGAGCGUCACUAAAAAUGACUUUCUGAAACUGUUUUUGAUGUGCAGCCAUUUAUCCGAUUAAGUAAGAGGUGAAGAGGCAGGAAAUACAUCAUUUUUUUACUAAAAAACGCACCAUUGCAAAACAAGAUGGAGGACAAAGUUACGAGUGUGACUUGGGUUGGCGGUAUAUACAGAAAGUUUGAAGCUUUGUGCAUGGAGGCUGAUGAUAUGAUGCGCCAGGAAGCUCAAGCCUUCAUAGAAAACCAUCUACAAAGCGUGGGUGCCAAUGUGAAGCAGUUUUGCUCGGAAUUUGUACGAGAUGUGCUUCCUGAGUCUUCUAAUGAAUCAUCUACGGAAGGCAAGCAACAUGAUCUGGUCUUGAAGGAAGCUACUGAUGCGUAUAUGAACUCUGAGUCUGCUGUUGAGGAAAAGCAACUUCAAAUCCAAAAACAGGACAUGCUCCCAGAAAAGACCGGUCUUGGGGAGUCAGUAUCCUGCAACAACCCAUCUGUGGAGGUCACACUUCAAACUGAGUUGCCUUCGGAGUUGACCGUCGACGAGAGCUAUUAUGAGGAGGAAACCCAACUUCAGUGUGAGAAAAAUAGUGUGACAUCAGAGGACCCUUGCAAAUCCACAGUCUCUGAUGAUCUACUGGAGAGCCACUCUUCCUCGAAUGAUGUUCAAUCUUCAGUAGCUGCUGAGAUGGCAGACUCCAGUGAAGAUGAGAGUUUGCAUGUUGAACAUGCUCCUUGUGAGCAAAUCACUGCAGGAAACUCUAAUCGUUGUUGCAUUGAUGGAACUUCGAGUUUGAUAUCUCCCAAUGGAGUCAAGCUUGAUGAAAGCUGCAUUGUAGUGGAUGAUGAUUUAGAACUCUACAUUCUUUCGAGUCAGGAAAGAAAACUCGAAAGUAGACACUGGUCUUACAAGAAAAAGUUGAAGGAAGUUCUGGCCUUGGCAUCGAAGUCAAUGAAGCAGAAUCAGAGAAACACGGAUCCAGCAGCAGCUCGUUCGGAAGUUAGAGAAGUGGAAGAAGAUGGUAAUCAGGAGAACAGUGAAUCAGACUGGGAAAUCAUCUGAGCAGUGUGUAUUCUUCUUAAAAUUUUAAACUUUUCUGGAUGGAAAAAUAAUGAAUAACGAGUGUAGAGAGAGAGAGAGGGAGUUGAAGAUGUAGCAAUUUUGCGGUAAAACAAACAACUGAUUACUUUCUCUGUAGCGUGGUGGAGGAGAUGGCUUCUCAGUUCUUCUGCACUCUCCCACCAGCGUUUCGCUGUUACUUCACCGGCACUGCCGCACUGGGAAGGGUUGUAGGAUUUGAUAUGUAGACGAGAGUUUCAAUUGGUACAGGUAAUAUAUACUGUAGUGGGAU